AUCAAUUCUUAAGGGGUCAAAUUGCAAUAAACGCUAGUAAUUAGGGGUUAAGUAAACUCUUUAACACGAUAAAUAAAAGCGCGAUCGGCGAUAAUUAUGGUCGACGAGUAAAAAAACGUCGGCCGCCGUAUAUACAGUACAGAACCACUCUCUAUUCACCGUAUUGCAACCUAAAUUCUGAUUUCGGCGGCAAAAUCAUGAAUACCUCCGGCGGCAAUUUACGCAGGACGGAACAGUCUCCGGUGCUCAGAUCUACAGAAGAAGACGGCGGCAUGCAGUACGAUUCCAAUUUUUCUAGAAUCGAGGAGUUGAUUAAACGGAAUACUUUUUCAAGGGAGGAAAUCAGUCAUUUGAUGGAGGUAUUGAAUUCAAGGGUUGAGAAUGUGGGGGAUAAGCAGAUUUCAAGCAGUAAUGCUGGAGGAGAUACUCAAUUGGUUUCAUGGACGAACGAAAUUCAAAGAACACCAUCUCAAGAAAAACCGGAAGAUAUUCACAGAACCAUGGUUGAUUCUUUCCGUGAAAAGCCAGAUAUUCCAGUUGGAGUUAGUGCUUCCCCAAUUGACAUUGCUCGUGCAUACAUGGCUGGUCGUACCUCUGAAGGAGGCCAAGAUCUUUACAAUCCAACAUCAAAACGAGAAAGAGCUCAAACGAGCUAUGAAUUUGCAAGAAAGCCACUUUUGCCAUCGGCAUCGCCUAAGCCAUCCAUAUGUUGGCCUGGUUCUAUGGCGCAUGAACGACAUAGUUAUGCGACGCCUCAGAGUCAGAGGACGAGACACAGCCUUCAUGAUUUUCCAAGAACCCCGUAUUCGAGAACCGUACUUUCGAAAUCCACAACAAAGUUUCAAACUGAUAGUGAGUAUGCAAACACAUCAACUCCCAUUCAAGGAUCUUCAACGUCCACGUAUGGGCAGGUAAAGUCGAGGGGUGAAACUGCUGAUGUCUAUGGUUCGGUUGGACCUAUUCGUCGAAUCAGAAAUAGAUUUGCUUCAGAAGUGCGCCCUAGAGGAUCUAUUCUCAUGAGUUCGCGUAAUGAAUCUCCUAAAAUGGCAACACCCAAAGUUUUUGGAGGUUUCUUGCCUAGUUCAGAAAAGAAUCUCGAACUUGGUGAAACAAGUGGUACCCCAAAAUACUGGUCAGGGGACAAUGUAUUAGAUUCCUCUGAUAGGGCUAUCUCGAAUUCAGAUAUAUCCUCUAGUCAAAGUCAAGCAGUUAAGAAAAUACUGGAACACCUUGACAGAAACAAGCCCAACCCUAAAGAAAAAGAAGCGGAAACGAAGUUGGCAACUCCAUGGAGAAGCUCCACGGAUGCCACUAAAACCAUUCAUGAGGAAAAUAUCGGUGGAGUUGCUUCUCACAAGUCCAAGUUUUUACCGAAUUUUCACGAGAAAAGCAUGGAUGAGGCAAAAGAUGCAGUUAAUGAAAAUUCUAAAGCAUCUAGCUCAUUUUUUGCGGGUUCGAGUAUUGCACCUGGUGCAAAGGCAACGUCGAUUUUUGGUCUCAAAGGAACUACUGGUCUUGUGGAAAACAAAUCGAACGAGACUUCGACAAAUAUGAAUUUCUUUCGAUCUCAAACAAUCAACGGACAGGAUUCAAAGAUAGUAGCUGGAACAACCAGCCAAGAUUUUCCGAAAAGUCACGGGAACAACAAACCCUUGUUAAAAUCGAUUUCCGUCAACAAGGCUUUUUUACAGUCAGUCCCCUCAGAAAAUGGGCCAAGCUUCACUUUCCCGGUUUCAGCUUCUGCUGGCGGCGGUUUCGCCGAACCGCCAACACCUUCCAUCACACCGUCAUCGUCUCAGCCCAUCGGUGGUGCUGGGCCCACAGUACCUUCCUACACCUUCGCCACAGAGAAGUCAACCCCGCGCCUCGUCUUCUCGUUUCCAUCUACCAGCAACGCCUCGGCUCAAAAUGAUGGUUCUGAUAUUAAAUUCAAUUUCGGAUCAGACAAGAAGACUAGGUUGUCUUUUAGCUCCUUCGGAAAAGAUGAGAUCUGCUAUUAAUCUCCGGGUAUUUUUUUUUCACAUUUAGAUAUGAAUUUGUCUCGUUUACUGUCUUUCUCGGGGUAUUAUAGAUUGGCUUACGUGCUCUAAUUUUUCAUUAUACAUCAUUGAUUGGAUUCAAUAUUGCCAGCUUUUCUUUUAUUUGGUGAAUUUAAUUUAUGUAC